GCACUCUAGAGAUAGUAGAGAGAGAAGACAUAGGAAAUGGCGUAGAAAGAAAAAGAAGAAGAAGAACAUUAGUUUCUCUCAGCUGACUGUUUGUUCAUUCUAACUCGUUAGAUCUGUUGAGUUUCUGCAAGAAAAAAAACACAGUUGGGUUGAGUUGGAUAUAUAACUACUGAUGAAAGCUAUUGUUUGAUUCUUCUAAUUAAACCUAGACAUGAACAACAACAACAACAACAAUCUGACAGUUGAAACAGAGGAUACCUUCGCCAGUUUGCUUGAAUUUGCAGCGAAUAAUGAUGUUCAAGGCUUCACAAGAUACGUUCAAAACGACCCUUCUGGGAUUCAUGAGGUUGGAUUAUGGUACGGUCGUUACAAAGGAUCGAAGCAAAUGGUUUUGGAAGAAAGAACUCCUCUAAUGGUGGCUUCUAUGUACGGUAGUGUUGAUGUUAUCAAAACUAUCCUUUCUUCUUCUUCUUCAUCUUCUUCGUAUGUCAAUCGAGCUUCUGGUCUUGAUAAGAGCACCGCACUUCAUUGCGCCGCCUCCGGCGGUUCAAUCAGGGCGGUUGAAGUCAUCAAACUACUUCUCCAAGCUGGUGCUGAUCCUAAUUCGAUUGACGCAAAUGGGCUUCGCCCGUCUGAUCUAAUCGUGGUCUCGCCCAGUCUCUAUCAUUUGAAACUCGAGCUGGAGGAACUUCUUUUGGUUAGGAACCCGAAUUCGAAUUCAAAUUCACCGCCUUUAUCUUCUUCCCCUGAUAACAACGAAACCCCAUCUUCCGAUUCCGAUUCGAUCCCUGAUAUCAAGAACAUGAAGAAAGAGUAUCCGAUUGAUCCUUCAAUACCCGACAUCAAGAACAGUAUCUAUUCAACUGAUGAAUUCAGAAUGUUCUCCUUUAAGAUCCGCCCAUGUUCCCGAGCCUACUCCCAUGACUGGACCGAAUGCCCGUUCGUUCAUCCCGGCGAAAACGCACGAAGGCGGGACCCGAGAAAGUACCAUUACAGCUGCGUCCCGUGUCCUGAUUUCCGAAAAGGGUCCUGUCGAAGAGGCGAUACCUGUGAGUACGCCCAUGGAGUUUUCGAGUGUUGGUUACAUCCUGCUCAGUACAGAACCCGUCUUUGCAAAGACGGGAUUGGUUGUAACCGAAGGGUUUGUUUCUUUGCCCAUACACAGGACGAGUUAAGACCGUUGUAUGUCGCUACAGGCUCGGCUGUUCUGUCGCCUAGAUCGAUUUCGUCGGUUGAUUUUUCUCCGUUUACUCCACCAAUGUCACCAUCGGGAGUCAACAGCGUUUACCUGCAGUCGAGCCGAUUGAGGUCGUCUUUAAACGCUAGAGAUAUUCCAGCCGAGGAAUUAAGCUUGAUGAUGGAUCUCCACAUGCAAGAACAAAAGAUGCUAACCGAAUUAUCACGGGUUCAUUCGGGUCGAACCAAAACAAACUUGGACGAACUGUUCUCGGCCGAGAACCUGUCUCCACGGUUUUCCCAAUUUCAGAAUCAAGGGAUGUUAUCUCCUAAUCAUCGGAGUUCUGGCAGGAUGUCACCACGAAAUGUGGAACCAAUAUCGCCUAUGAAUUCGCGAGUGUCGAUGCUUUCGCAUCUUGAUAAGCAUUUUCGUAGCCUUAGCUGUCGCGAACUUGGGUCUAGUUCAUCGGGUUCGCCAGGGGAUUGGACGCAGUGGGGUUCAAAUUCAAUGGGCGGGAAGGUUGAUUGGUCGGUUGUUGAGGAUGGUCAAGUGGGCAUUGGAGAGGAGCCCGAUCUAUCGUGGGUUCAGUCGCUUGUGAAAGAAUCAUCUCCUCAGGAAACAGGGUUAGGUGGUGUGGGUGCGGGUGAUCCAUCCGUGAUCGGGUCUUGGCUUGAACAAAUGCAGCUGGAUCAACAUUUUGUCAAUAGUAAAAAAGGGGAAGAUUUCUGAUUGAAGAAUUAAGCAGAUUACUAACUAAGGGGGGAAUAUUAUUCAAUUUCUCUAUCUCUUGUUCAGAUUUAUUUGUUACAAUCUGAAAGCUUGGCAAUGGGUUUUCUUCAUGAAAAAUAAACCAACCAACCCUGUUUUUCUUCUUCUUUUU